AUGGUCCGCGAAGCGAAGCCCCCGGUCGUGCCUCCACGCCCAAACAGGCUGCGGCCACGGCCUCACUCUCCUGCACCACCGACGUCGUCUUCUCCUUUACCGCUGGCAGUGGUGGCCGGCGCGCCUCCUCCUCCAUCUCGGCCGCCAGUCCCUCCACCAUCAAUCUAUUCACAACCGAAAUCUGCUGUGACAUCGUCCAAUCUUGGGGUUGUGGAACAGACAAAACCGACUGGAAAAGGGUCGAAAGACAAUGGGCCCAUCAAGGGUGUGGCCACCGAAAAGAAAUCGAGCAAGAUGCUGCCCGCCGGAACGCAGCCGGUAGUGUCGUUUGGCUCCGAUGCAAAUGGUGGGAGCAGGACUCCCUCGCUGGGAUCGGCCGUCUACGUCGUCGAGAAAAGAGACACGGAGAGCUCCGCGGAGAAGCAAAAUGUCAAAGGCAAUCUGGCCAAAGAACCGAGAGCUAGGGAACAGACACCCAACCCAGAACAGGUGUCAACUCGAAAGCAGGUCCCAACGCCAGGAAGCUCCUCGGGAUCGACAGGAAAGCAGAGAGAUGCAAGAAUAAAGAUCACGGACGGAACCAAGAAGAACGACUCCCAAAAAGAGGUCUCUUUGCAGAAGCCAAAGGAGCGGCUCGCGCAGUCGACUGAGCUUACAAGAUCGACACGGUCACAGUCAUCCAAAGCCCGAGGAAGUUCCGUUGGAGACGUCCAGUCCCUUAUUCGAAGCAAUCACAGCAGCAUCAGUGUUGCCAGCACGAUCCAGCAUCUUCAGCAGCGCCAGAAUGUCUAUCGACGCUCCGCCGAGGCGCGCGCCUUGUAUGCCGAGGCCAAAGACCAUUACGGCAAAGCCAAGAAUCAUCUGCAAGAAGCUCUGAGGCUCUCCGUCGAUGUCCUCCGUCUGACACCGCAUAUUCUCGUCGAGAAUGUUGCCGCGAAGGAGAUUGGAUCCAACCGAACGACCAGUACGAGCACCAGUGCGCCUUCCGCCAGUCUUGUGAGCAGAAAUAAAAGCGCACGGCCUGUUCCAGAGUAUCCUGGCCUUGGUAUCCAGUACCGGUCGCUGUUUACGCCCCUUCUGGCGAGCGUGAGCAACAACGACAGAGAUCGGAAGCAAGCAUUGGCAAAAAAACGAGCAGAUGAUGCCUUGGCCCAAGAUCGUGCGGGCUCGAACAGACAGACAGGUGCCAAGGCGUCCGGGGCUAGUUCGUCGCGUAGUGGCCGGUCCAGUGGAACAGCGCGGACUGUCCCAGACCGGGUUCCCGCAACGACAUCUGCUCCGGAGUCGUCGCCGGCUUCCAUCUCUGCGUCGGUUACAAGUAGAGGCACAGGCCAGAGCAACAGGCAGAGGACGAAACGACGGGCUUCCACUAUGGUGCCUUCGGGUCCUGCCUCCGUCUCGACGCGAACUGCGGCCCGGAUGCGUGAUAAUUACGAGUACCGGUCUCGACCGCGGACCAGAAGCGCAGCCAGCCGCAGGCUACGCAAAAGGAAGGAAGAAGAAGUCGACCACGGCAUCCUGUGGUUCUUUUCGUAUUAG